UCUCUAUUUCAUAGAGAGGUUUGACUCCGUUCCAUGCAUGUGAGCAGCAAAAAUAUUCGUUUGUUUGUUGCGACAUCAAUCUGAAGAUAGAAGCUGGUAUUGGCUACAUUAAUAUGGCUGCAAUGACAGAUACACAAAGAAGCAAAGUACGCUGCAAAUAUUUUUUGCAUGGAGUUUGCAACAAGGACAGCUGCCCAUUUUCACAUGAUAUUAAAGAUAAGCCUUCUAUGGUUUGCUCCUUUUAUCUCAAAGGUGAUUGCUCAUAUGGAAAGCAAUGUAGAUAUGACCAUGUAAAGCCAGACUAUAUUAAAAAGCCUGAAAAAGUUUUGUACAAGGUGCCAGAUGUGUUAAAAGAAAAAAAAGCAGGAAAGGAGGUGAAACCUUCUGACUGGUGGAUAGUGAAUGCUCCUGUGUUUGAACCAGGUAAAAAACACCACAGAACUCUGAGUGCCCAAGACAGUCUGCAAGACGAGGAAACAACACCAGAAAAAACAGACACCACUCAAGAUGACCACAGUGAUGCUGCAUUCCAGGAUGCGUCAAGUUUUGAGCUGACACCAGAAGAGAUAUCACAUCUGAUGUGCCCUUUUGCUGCUGUAAGAGAAUGCCCAUAUGGUGACAGCUGCCAUUAUGUUCAUGGACUUCGAUGUGACAUUUGUGACAGGCAGUGCUUAAACCCAUUAGAUCCAGAGCAACAAAUAGAACAUAGGAGGAACUGUUUAGACAACCAAGAACGUGAUAUGGAAUAUUCAUUUGCUAUUCAAAGGAGUGAAAAUGUUAGCUGUUGCAUUUGUAUGGACGUUGUUCUUGAGCGAGAAAGUUUUGGAGAACAAAGAUUUGGGAUUCUUGAAAACUGUAAUCACACCUUUUGUUUGCAAUGCAUUCGAAAAUGGCGGCAGUCAUCAGGAGGCAAAAAAGAAGUCAAAGCAUGCCCUAUCUGCAGAGUUAAUUCUGGAUUUGUAAUUCCGAGUGAGAUUUGGAUUGAUGACCCUAUAGAGAAGCAAAGCUUAAUAGAAGAUUAUACAAAAGCAUUAAGUGCGAAAGAUUGCAAGUAUUUUGACAAAGGCCUUGGUGAUUGUCCGUUUGGAACUAGCUGUUUCUAUCGCCAUGCAUAUGGUGAUGGAAGACUAGAAGAAAAAGAGAAGCCAAAGAUGCGAUUUUGUGAAGAUUCUGAUGGAAAUGCCAAAGUAGUUAGGUCCCAAAGGCUUUGGGAUUUUAUUGCUGAAAGAGAAAUGCAGGGAGUUUCUACUGACUGAGUUGCAAUACCCAGUAUGGCAUGUCAACCAAAGAUAAAAAUUUGAUUAUGAGGUGAAUUAACCUGUAUUAACUAUAUCUAAUUUGUUGAAUUAGGCUUUCUAAUUUUUCUGGGUAGAAUGUUAUUCGUUUGUGGUGCAGUUUUAAUUGCUAGUUCUUCGAUUUAGUGUUUUGAAGGCUUGAGAUAGGUAGUUGUUGUCUUCAUAUACCGUAUUUAUUUCAGCACAUAAUCUUGUAAAACAUAUAACACAGUAGCAGUGAUGCAAGCUGUUUUAUCAGUCAAAACAAAUAGUGUAUCUUUAUUUAUAUUCUUCAUUUGAACAGAUUGAAUCAAGAUCAGGUAUUCAAUGUUAAUUUCUUCAGCAUGCCUUGAAGGUCUUUGUUUAGAAUGUUGGCUCUAUUAUCUCCAGUUGCCAAUCGCUUCUUACUGAAAGGUGGCCCCUUUAUAUAUAAUGCCACUUCUUGUUACAGAAGUCUGUCUCAAAGCUGAUAUUACCUCUCACUUCCAACCCAUCCAUCCCCUACCCAGUUACACAAUAUUUAGAUUUUUGCUUUAAGUGCAGUGAAAUAAAAUUUCCAACACCUAUUCUCAAACACAGCCAAGAACAUUUUUGAAACACAAUUUUUGCCAUAUUAAAUUUCUCAUUCCAGAUAUUACUGUAUGGAUGUGGUUAAUAGUAUAAAACUCUCCAUAAAUAUCCAGAAAGAUAUUUCCUGAUGCUAUUUUGAUGGGACUGGUCAGAGCAUGAAUGUUUUUUAAAAUUCUAGUUAAAUAGAGAGAGGCUUAAUAGAGAGAGGGGGCUUAAUAGAGCUUUUACGGUAUACCUCCUUUCAAUUAGGUUACCAAGUAAUCCAAGUAGAACCCAUUUUGAGACUCAGAACACAGGCAAAAAAUUGUUAAUUAGGAUUAUCAAUAUUUGUAGAUAUUUGUGCGAUUCGUUUUUGUCCAAGCAAAGGAUAUAUUUACCUAGUUUGGGGUAUCUAUUUUUGUAUAUCUUUAUACUUUUUUACCCCCUCAAAGAGUCUCAUAAUUAUUGACUAGGUUUGAAGUGAAGAAAGAAUGUCAAAAUUUCUUGUGGGUUUCUGAAGAAAUUAUUAGCCAUUAUUGUGGUCUGAAGGCUCCAAUAAUUAGGGCAUUUCAAUGUUUUAAUCAACUUUUUCAGAAAUUGUAGUUUUUCUACCAAGAAUUUUUUCAGAAAAUUAUUUCAGUUCAAUGUUCUUGAAAGGUAGAUUUUUUCAUUGAACGUUUAAGAUUUUCCUGCUAGAAGAAAUGCUAGAAACAGACAUUUGCAUAUGCUGUAUUCCUCUUAAAUUUAUUUUUAGGCAUACUAGCUAAACAAAUUUAAAGGGUCCUUUGUACAGUAUCUUAGUUAAUCAAGAUGCAAUGCAAUGUAUUUCUAGCAGAUUGCCAUCUUAAUUUGUUUGUGCAGUUAAGGAGGACACUCGAUCUCUUUGAACAUUGUGAUUUGCAUAAAUGUUGCAGGUUUGAGAUUUUAAUGGGUAAUUUUGUGAAGAAGCUCCAGUUUUCUAUAUGCAAGUAAUAGAUCCCUGUCUAAUUUCCUAAUUAUAUGUAAGUAAUAGAUAUCCGAAUAGUAAUAAGGUAAAUCUAGAUCAGUCUAGAUCAGAGGUUUAGUCUAGAUCAAUAAGGUGAAUUUAAAGAGAAGGAACUCUUAUUAACACACUGGGAAGG